AUGCCAUCGCGAUGCUACGUGCAGAAGGAAUGCUGUGCGGAUGAAUUCUUCCUUUGUCACGACAGCAGCGACAGUCGCCUCGUGCACGUGACCCGCGCGGACGUGCCUGGGGGCUGGGGCCAACGGCUCAGCCUGGAGUGCGUGCAGCCGGCCCUGUCGGCCAUCUCCCUGCGGCCUCAGCUCCAGGCGAUCGGACCCGAGUCGUUGCUCUUGGCGCCACGAGACAAUCAAUCAGUCACCGUGGUGCACCCCUUGCGUUUGGCUGGUGGUCUGGCAGGCUGCGAGUGUGCGGAGAUCCUUGUGGAGUUGGCCGUCGAGGGCUCAGAGACGUGGAUCCCCCAAAGCGCGUGCAACGAUUGGACCCUGCGAGAGUGCGUCGUGGAACCUCUGGAAGCUGGUACCACCUACGAGGGCCGCGUACGGAUCCAGUGUCAAGACCAAGUGCUGAGCAGCAACUGGACCUAUGCAGGAGCCACGGUCACGACGAACUUGGAAGCCUUGGUCGUAGAGGGCAGCCUCACUGUGACCGUGGGCAGUGGCCGGCGUUUGGGGCGUCGUUUGGCGCAGCUGGAGUUGCAAAAGGUUUUGAGCGAGGUCACAGCUCUCGAGCUGCGCUCCAUCCUGGUGACUCCUUUGGGAGGUUCCGACUUGGGUUACAUCUUGGCAGCAGCGUCCAUCGGGCGCGAGCUCGACGAAGCAAGUGCGCAAGCAGCAGCUGAGGAGGCGCAGAGGCGACUGGACGCGUCGUUGGCAUCUGACUUCGCAGGUCUCUUGUCCGCGGAAGUGGGUUCAUCUGUAGAAGUGCAGGUGCUCCAGCCGCCAGAGGUCUCCCGCCGCAGCGAAGCCUUUGGCGCCUGCUCCGCGCCGCCGCUCAUACCCAACGCCGCACGCAACUGGAGCGCCAGCAGCUGUGCGGGCCGAACCUGGUCCGACCCGCCCUGCGCCGUGCCCUGCGACACGGGCUUCCUACCGGAGGGCAGCGGCUUUGUGUGCGGCGUCACUGGCGAAUGGUCUACGGCUCCCACAUGCGCCUCCAUCUGGUCGGUGAGCUCUUGGGGUCCCUGCACUGGUGUCGUGGGCGACUGCGGUGAUGGCGGACUCCAACGCCGCGAGGUCACCUGCCCCGAUAGCUCCGGAUGCCACUCCAUGUCCAAGCCCAUAGAGGAGCAGCCUUGUCGCGCCACGAUCGGAUGCACCUGGGUCACUGGAGAUUGGUCGUUGUGUUCCAAUCAGUGCGGUCUGGGAGCGAGGUCUCGCAGCGUGGCCUGUUCUUCACCCCAGAGCUGGGACUGUGCCGACGCGCCGCCCGUCGCCAAUGAGUCGUGCAGCGACUACAGUCAAUGUGAAUGGCAGGUGCAGCCUUGGAGCACUUGCAGCAGCAGCUGCGGCCUUGGCACACAGACACGCGAGGCCCACUGCCCAGCCGAGCCGACACACUGUCCUUCACCGGCACCCUCCUUGGUGCAGUACUGCUACGAGAUCUCCGGAUGCACCUGGCAGACCUCCACGUGGUCGGUGUGCUCCAACAGCUGCGGUGCCGGCACCUCCACCCGACAGGUGUGGUGUAGCAGCGGUACGGACUCCGACUGCGGUGGCAGCAGGCCGUUGGAGUUGCAGAGCUGUUACGAGACGGUGGGCUGUACCUGGCAGAAGGGGUCGUGGACGGCGUGCAGCAGCUCCUGCGGCGCCGGGCGCCGGGGCCGGAGCGUGCUGUGCCCCAGCGGCCAGGCAGCUGACUGUCCAUCACCUAUGCCAGCAACUGAGGAGGAGUGCUACGAGACCAGCGACUGCCUUUGGAUCACGCAGUCCUGGAGCGCUUGUGACAAUGGCUGCGGCUCCGGGGUGCGCGUCCGUCCAGUGCUUUGCUCCUCUGGCCUCGCGGCCGACUGCGCUUCCCUUCCUGUGCCAACGGCCGUGGAGAGCUGCUACGAUGUGGUGGGAUGUGCCUGGUCCCUGGGAGAUUGGAGCUCUUGCAGCACCACCUGCGGCGCGGGCGUUCGGAGCCGCGCGGUGACCUGUCCCUCCGGCUGGCCUGCAGACUGUGCCUCCUUCGAGGUGGAACCGGCCUCUUCGGAAAGCUGCCGUGGCAGGGGCUGCGACUGGCGGCUCGGUGAAUGGUCCGAAUGCUCCAACGACUGUGGAGAUGGAAGCAAGGCGCGCACGGUGCGCUGCAGCAGCGGCGAGGACACCGACUGCGUGGAGGCGAAGCCCUCCAACGAAACGUCCUGCCGGGUCACCAGCGGCUGCGGCUGGACCUUGGGCGAAUGGACCGACUGUGACGCCACCUGUGGCGCGGGGCUUCAACACCGGACGGCGGUCUGCGACUCGGGCAGCGCCGUGGACUGUGUGGAGCAGCCGGUGGUCAUUCAGAAUUGCUACCAGACCGGGGGGUGUAGCUGGCAAGAGGGCGACUGGAGCAGCUGCAGCAGCAGCUGCGGUGCCGGUCUACGGCAGCGCUCGGUGCAGUGCUCCUCGGGCCACGCGGACGACUGCGUGAGCUCUGCACGCCCCACCGGCAGCGAGGCCUGUUAUGAGCAGAGCGGCUGCACCUGGCAGAGCUCCUCCUGGGGCGACUGCAGCGCCAGCUGCGGCUCUGGCUUGCGCACGCGGCAGGUCUGGUGUGACUCCUUGGUGGAUUCAGAUUGUCACAGUCGAACGAUGCCCGCACGCUCCAAGACGUGCUAUAGCACCAGCUCGUGCACGUGGCAGCUGGGGCGUUGGGAGGAGUGUUCCAGCGACUGUGGCACCGGCCUCGAGGCUCGGAGCGUCACCUGCAGCGGGCCCCGUGGGGAGAGCGACUGCACCGAGGCGGCGCCGAACAGCAGCAGGAGUUGCUUCAGCAACAGCAACUGCGCUUGGCAGAUGCAACCCUGGGGCCCCUGCAACGUCUCGUGCGGCAUCGGCUGGCAGGAACGCAUGAUCCAGUGUCCUACGGGAAACGAUGUGGAUUGCCCCACCAAGCCCAGCACCUGGCAACGAUGCUACACCCAGGAGGGCUGCCAAUGGCUGGCCGGACCUUGGAGCGGCUGUAGCGGCACCUGCGAGCCCGGCACGCGUGCGAGGAACCUCACCUGCAGCAGCCAUGAGGAGACCGAUUGCGCCCAGGUCCAACGCCCCUUGGAUCAGGAGAGCUGCAACUUGGACGCCACAGGCUGCCAGUGGACCCUGGGCUCUUGGAGCUCCUGCAGCGCCAGCACCUGCGGCGCCCUGGGCACGCGCGUCCGCUCGGUGGAGUGUCCCUCCCGCAGCGGCGACAGUGGCUGCCCAGUGCCCAAGCCCAGGAGUUUGGAGCCUUGUUUAUCGGAGCAGACCUGUGAGUGGCAGCUGCUGUCAGAGUGGAGCGACUGCGACGCCAGCUGCGGCUGGGGCUGGUCCACUCGUGUGGUCCAGUGCAGCGCGGGCGCCGACGAGGACUGCCCUGGUGAGAAGCCCGAGAGUGAGAAAGCUUGUUACAGCACCAGCGGCUGUCAGUGGUGGACCGGUCAAUGGUCCGCCUGUAACGCCACCUGUGGCUUGGGCCUGGAGACGCGCCAAGUGCUUUGUGGAUCGGAGAGCUGCGACCCAGGCACCGCGCCCGCCUCCGAGCGGAGCUGCCACAGCAACGCCCAGUGCGAGUGGCAGAUCGGUGACUGGGGAGCCUGCAGCACCUCCUGUGGCUCCGGCCACGCCUCUCGCGCCGUCCAGUGCCCCAGCACCGACGCCGACUGCGCCUGGGCACCGCGCCCCCUCGACCGCCGCAGCUGCCGCAACAUCACAGGCUGUGCUUGGUCCAUCUCCAGCUGGUCCGUGUGCAGCCAGAGUUGUGGAGACGGCACUCGGACGCGUAGCGCUGUGUGCCCCAGUGGCGAGGACACCGACUGUAUCACCACUGCGGGCGAGCGACCCUCGCUGCUGGAGAGCUGUCGAGAAGAGUUGGGCUGCGCCUGGAGCAUCGGGGACUGGUCCAGUUGUUCCAGCGCCUGCGGCGCCGGUCGACGGCAGCGGGUGGUCGCCUGCGGCGCCGUCGGGGCGUGCAACGCAUCCACCAGGCCUGUGGACAGCGAGGCUUGUGUGGGCGAGUCCUGUGGUUGGUCCCUGGGCAGCUGGUCCAGCUGCUCCCAGAGCUGUGGUGAAGGUGUACAGGAACGAAGCGUUCAGUGCAUUGAUCCAGAGGGCUGUGGCACUGCACCCCCAACGCAACAGGUCUGCUUUACGACGGAGUCGUGUCAGUGGCAGCUGGGCCCUUGGUCCAACUGCUCCGAUGGUUGCGGCAUCGGCUGGCGCUCCAGGGACAUCCGCUGCGGCGACGCAGGCCUCGUGGCGGAGCACUGCCCUGCACCGCGGCCCGAGGACCGGGAGAGCUGCGAGGCGCUGCGGAGCAGGUCGCGUCUGGGCCCCUCCUGCGGUUGGACCACGGGCCUUUGGUCGGCCUGCGACGCGUGCGGGCCGCAACAACGGGAGGUUUCGUGCCAGGGCAACUGCUUCGGCAAGCCACCCAGUGCCGUGAUGCCCUGCCAGGAGGCUGGAUGCCAGGAGCAAGGAAAUGCCACCGCCAGGUUUGACGUGGAACUUCUCAUCGAGGACGUCUCCAUGGAGCUCCUGUCGAAGCUGAUUGCUGGCACGCGCCAGGCCGUGGCCACGAUGCUGGCGGUGAGCAUCGAAGAGGUCCAGGUGAAGUUGGUGAACGACACCAAGUCCCGUGGGCGCCGCUUGAGCACGCGCUUGAAGCUGGAGGUGGAGGUCACAGGAAGCUCCACCGGCAUCGCAGUGCUGAACUCCCAACAGGGUCAGGAGCUGUUGGAGACGGAGCUUUUGGAGACUUGGGACGCCCAAGGCUUGCCACUGGAGGACUUCAGUGUCAUGCUGGGCCCCGUAGAGACGCUUGCAACCGGCUCGACGACCACGUUGGAGGGGCCUGAGCAAGUGGAGCAAAAGGAUCCUUCCAACAUCUCGAGUCUAGUGAUGGUCGUGGUGGUGCUUCUCACCCUUUGCUGUUCGGGCACGAUGGGCGCCAUCUACUGCUUCUGCUGGCCACUGGUCUUCACGCUGGGAGUGCGCGGCGUUUUGUGCGGUUUUUGGUGUUUCUUUUCCCACGACAUUGUUCCGUUCGUACGGCCAGGAAACCGCCCUGUUCGUAGCGAACCUGGUUUGGUGAACGACGGAAGCUUCGGGUGUCUGGGGAACGGAGCAGAUGAGGACGCAAGGUCCAAGGGCACCUCCGUGGUGCCUCAGAGUCCCCUCGCUCUGCCCAGCUCGCCGCCGCACCAGAAAUCAGGCGAAAGCCUGAAGAGUCCCACGGGAGGCAUCUCACCGGCCGCCGUGAGCGAUCUGAGGUCUGCGGCCGUGGAGCACACGGCGCAGGAGGAAGCAGAGAUCCCGCUGCGGAAGGAGAUGCUCCGACCUGCCUCCGUGCAAGUGCGCGUGGUGAACUCAGGAGGAGCCACAUCGCCCGGCAAGGCAGAGGUCCGGGUGGAAGGAUCGGUGAGACCGGCUCGCAGCGCGACGGUGGCCUCCAGCAGGAGUCCUUUGAGCCACGCUCCGCGGCCGGCGUCGCCGAGCGAGCCGCGGGUGGCCCUCACCGCGAGGUCCACGAAGUCGGAACCUCACCGGCUGCCCUUGGAGCCCCGUCCAGGCCAACCCUAA